AUGUCACACAGAGGCGGUGACUACUCGCCUGUAUCGUCCGGAAUCGAAAGCGUCUCCCCGUUUCCUCCGCUUGAGGAUUACGACGAUGGCGAAACUCCGACGGCAAUCGACGACAACGAAGAAGAUUAUGCGCUUCAUAUGAAGAUUCCAGUGUCGCGACGAAGUCGUACCGGGACUGCGCAUUCCACAAUAUACACUGGUCCGUUAUCCAGCGAAAACAUGCGCGAGGUGGAAACGAGAACCGCAUCAUCAACAAUCACAGCGCCAAACACGUCAGCGGAAUCGCAGGAUGUCGACGAAUUGGUCAUCUCUCCUACUAUUGGAGUUGAAAGCGGUGGGGCCGGCUUGCACCCGCAGUACUAUGUUGACAACGAGUUUUUGGAUGAGCUUGAAAACGAAUCGAUUGAUUUCGACGGUGAAGAGCUAGAAGAAGACGAUGACGGUGAUGAUGAUGAUGACGAUGACGACGACGAUGACGAGGACGAAAACGAAGAUGAGGAGGCCGAGGAGGGCAAUAGUUUUGGUGGGGGUAUGAAAGAUCACAACAAUAAUACCACCGUGCACCUGCACCGACCUUUCAUGCAUUCGUCGACAUCUCUAUCAGGGCCAAACGCAUUCGCACCGCCGUUCUACAACAGACCUCCCACUCCGCUUCCCCCAUCGCCUUCAUUGACAUCGUUACUGAGGCCUCCAUUUUCCACGACGACAUCACGGCCGACGACGCCAGAUACUUCAGACGGGGAGACACCGAACGACACCGAGGCUGCGGUGGCCAAGUCGGCACGGAUUGCAACGACCGUGCCGCGGGCGAGCCCCAAAGUCCCGACGUAUGAGUACUACGGAUUCGUGUUGUAUUUGACGUCGUCGUUGGCAUUUUUGAUCUAUCUGCUCUGGUCUUACCUUCCGUCGCCCUUCCUCCAUCAACUCGGUAUUUACUACUACCCUAACAGAUGGUGGUCUCUCGCCAUCCCCGCCUGGCUGGUCAUGUUUUUAGUGUAUAUCUAUGUCGCACUCGCGAGCUACAACACCGGGUAUCUCACAUUGCCGAUGACUUCGAUCGAAAAUAUCGUCGAUGAGGUGGCUACGGUUGCUGUGAUUGACAGCAAAAGACGGCGACGACCUGGGGGCAGCGAGAAAAUGAAACCAGGCUCGGUGACAAGCCAGACAAUGUCUGCCAUGCAUAACCGGCGCAUCCACGGACAUUACGCAUCUGGUAGCAAUAGCAGCGCUGGAGGUGACAGAGGCGGUGGGUCAUCCUGGAAAGAGCUGUGGUCUGAGAGCAGCGACGCGGUUAUGGACAUACCUGUGGGCGGGGUGUGCGAGGUGUUGUACGGUAGAGAUCGAGAAUUGGACCCGGAGUUGGUCGACGUGGAAGAAGAGGACGACGACGACUCGCAUUACAGUCGCUACAAGACGAUUGCGAGUCCUACGUUUCUGUCUUAUGAGGACGACGCUGCGGCGCGUCCGAGCUACCGGCCUGGCAGUUCUGGUGCGUACUCGUCGUAUAGCAGCGGACGACCGUGGUGA